GGAACCUCCUUGGGCCUCAGCCCGCCGGCUCUCCCCGGGAGACUCCCAGAUUUGCGCAGCAGUUCCAAAGAGGCCCCCCAAAAGAGUACCGCUAGGCCUCCGUAGCCGUUCUGGCUCAAGAUUUGUGGCUCAAGACAGCAGCCCCUGAUCACGCUGAUCGACCUCUGUCCCCUCCUGCCAGCUUGGAGCUACCGUUCGGCCCGAUGAGAGUUGCUGCUCUAGUGCUCUCUCUCUCGGGCGCCUCGGGCACAGCGCAGUGGACUUCAAGAAAUGAAAGCAGGGAAAUUCAGUCGGAUAUGCAGAGGUCGGAUGCCAAGCUCUCAAGGCUCGAUGCGCUUCUGAAUUCUUCGAAAGAGACGAGUGCCUUCUUGGACGGGAACGGUACCGUCCUGAAGAUCAUGAAGGGAGAGCGUGACAAGCUAUCGAGAUACAAUGCGGGCGCGUUCGCAGAGCUUCAGGAGCAGAAACAGCGGGUAGAGAAGGACAAAGAAGAUCGUCAAGAGGCAGAGACGGCUCUGACCAGCUCCGCUGCGGAGGCACGCAGCGCCUCCGCGGAGGAGAAGCAGGCGGAGAAGGCCCUGGAGGCUGCGGAGCAAGACGUCGCCGCCAGGCGCGCGGACGUGCAGACUGCAGAGGCAGCCCUGCAGAAGGCGAACGACUACCUGGUCCAGCUCCUUUCCAACCCAGAGAAGGUCGGAUCUCCUGAUGUCCUCGCAGCGCACAGCGAGGCGGACGACAAGGCCACGGAGCUCAAGGCUGCAAAAGACGCGCUGAGGCACGCAGAGGGCAGCAGGAUUGCCAAGGCCACAGCCCAUGACAAGGCCGAGGAGAUGGUCCGGAAGCGUGGGGUUCAGCAGAAGAAGGCACACCAGGCUGUCAACGCAGCCGACGCUACACUCAGGGGUGAUGAGGAUACCCUCGAGAAGGAGCGCAAUGCAAGUGCCCCCAAGAGGCUCGAACUCCAGAGGAUGAGCGAGUCGAUAGAGGCUCAGGAGCACGUCGUGGAGUCUCUCGAGUCCAGGAACGCCUCCCUGAACCUCAGCGUCAGCGCGACGCAGCACGAGUACACCGAACUCCAGGAGGCAAUCAAGCAUGCUUCGUUUUGCAAGGAUGCCCUCCUCGAUGCCGAUGACAAGGUCCAUGAUAAAGAGCGAACUUACAACUUGACCUUCGGUGCGUGGCAGGCAUCGCCGACGAGUGAGGAGCUGCGUGCGGUGGCAUGGGAUGACCUGGUCGCACUGGUCAGUGCCGAGUACGAUCGAUACCUGUCCAAGAAGGGCUGUGCGCCGACCGGCCUAGACAUCCCGCCAGCGUCCCCGCCCCCGCACUGCGAGCCCGAGACGCCGGGCACAUGUUCUGUCCUCUGGUGCGACAGGACGCGCGGAGCGUACUGCGACCUGCAGACCCACCGGUGCCGGUGCCCGGGGGGCUACUGCGCCAGGGACGGCGGCUGCCAGUCGCGCGGGGCGCCGACCGUGGCAUCGUUGGACCGAGAGCGGGGCGCGCAAGGCAGGGCCCAGGAGGAGCCGCCCAGCGGCAGCUGGACGUUCCCCGUCGCCCUCGUCGCCGCGCUGCUGGCCGCGGCGGCCGCCGCCGUCGUCGCGCAGAAGCGGCGCGCGGGAGGGCGCGCGUGGGAGGAAGGCGCACCUGCCGCCCCGUACGUGUACGUUCCGGAGUGAGCUGGGAGGCAUUGGCAGGCAGUGUGGGGGGGCUGGAAGACGUAGAAGCACAGGGGCAGCGUUGCCACUCCUUUUGUCACAGACGAGAGCCGGGCAGUGGCGGGCGCAAGACAGGCCGUCGUGCAGCUUGCAGGCUCGGUCCAUUCGAGUACGUCGCGCAGCUUUUUUUCUCUUGGGACUUGCCAGGAGCACAGUCAUGGCGGCGUCGUAAUGGAUUGGAGAAAGAAAAAAA